UUAUAAAGCUGAAUAUUCAGUUCUGAUUUUCAUUUCCAAAAUCUGGCCAUGGCGUUGACAAUAAGAGUAGUGCUUGAUCUCUUACUAGUUAUUUCUAUGAUUAGUUUAGUGGUUCUUCAACAGAAAGGUAAUGCUCAAGAAUUAUCAAAGCUUCAAAGACCUACAGGAUUGAUGAAAUGCAAAUUUGAUAAAAUAUAUCAGUUGGGUAACUCACUUUCUGAUACCGGCAAUUGCAUUAGAGAGCGCCUUUGUGGAGCUAACUCUGCAUGUAGAAGACUUCCUUAUGGAAUGAAAGUUUUUAAAAAAGCGACAGGACGUUGUUCUGAUGGCAUGCUCAUGAUUGAUUUCAUAGCUUUGGAAUCUGGUCUUCCGCUCCUAAAUCCGUACAAGGAUCAAAAUGCUAAUUUUAGACAUGGAGCAAAUUUUGCAGUAGCAGGGGCUACUGCUUUAUCAGCCGAAUUCCUGGCAGAGAAGAAGAUUGCUACGUCCGUUACAAAUAGUUCAUUAAGUGUGCAACUUGACUGGAUGUCUUCCCAUUUUGAAACCAUUGAUCAUUCCCGAGAAAAAUUGAAGAAGUCACUUUUCCUAGUUGGAGAAAUCGGAGGAAAUGAAUUCAAUUAUGGCUUAUCGCAAGGUAAAACCAUAGACGAGUUGCGAAGACUGGUGCCAGACGUUGUUCGGACCAUCAUUCAUGGUGUUAAAAGAGUCAUUGGUUUUGGGGCUACUAGAAUUGUAGUUCCAGGCAAUUUCCCAGUAGGUUGUGUCCCAGCUCUCCUAACGAAAUUCAAGACCAACAACUCAACUGCCUACGAUGAGUACCAUUGCUUGAAAGAUUUAAAUAAGUUUGCAAUGUUCUACAAUCGUCAUUUGCAACAGGCCAUUGAUAGGCUGAAGAAAGGGUAUCCAAAGAUUACAUUGAUUUAUGGUGACUAUUACAACGCCUAUAUGUGGCUUCUACAAAAUGCUGUCACUCUUGGAUUUGACAAAAACUCUCUACAAAAAGCAUGUUGUGGAGAAGGAGGUGACUAUAAUUACGACGUAAGUAAAAAAUGUGGUGCUCCAGGAGUCCCAGUAUGUGUUGACCCUAGUACUUACAUCAGUUGGGAUGGAAUUCAUUCGACACAAGAAGCAUAUAAAUGGUUGGCAAGAUGGCUAAUUCCUGACAUGUUACCGCAACUGAACUGCUAAGUUUAAAUUAUUACUAUCUUAAUUUCUAGCCAAGUGUAUGAAUAAUGUGUUAGAAUACACUAUUAACCAUGCGGUUUGAUUAUAGUAUUAUUCUUUAUGAAACAAUUGUUUAUUUAUUUGUUCAAUUCAAUAAAGUCUUAUUUUGAAUAGAUCAUUUGUUAA